CCCGGCUAGAGAGGACGUCACAAGGAAAAUGUGCUUCGGGAGGAAGCUAAUGUUCAGCAUCUGUUUCUACGAAACGGCGAGAGAGCUGCGAGAUGGCGAGUCCAGUGCUUGUGACUCCGGAGUCCAACAACAAAGAUAAAAGCAGCCGUCACUAUCUGGUGGUCUGGAUAAACAACCUGCUGAAGACCCAAUUCAAAGAUGUGCGACAGAUGGGUUCAGGUGCGUGCCAAUGUCAGAUGAUGGACUUGGUCGUUCCCGACUCUGUGGACAUGACCCAGGUGAAGUUUGAUGUGCAAAGUGACGACGACUGUAUGCACAACUUCGGUCUCCUCUGCAAGGCUUUCGACAAGAGCAGCAUCUCUAAGACAAUUCCAAUCGUGGAGCUCAUACGAGGGGAGUCUCAAAUCAACUUCGAGUUCAUAAAGUGGUUCAGAGCUCUCUACCUGGCCAAUCAGAAAAGGCAAGGGUACGACCCUGUGAGAGCUCGGGGGGGAAAGAACAUCAGCCCCACUGUCGCAACCACUAACCUGCUUAUAGAGGAUUUCCAGAGCUCAUCCGGUAGUUUCCUUUUCAAUGAAAAGUGGAUGUAUAUUUACGACUGGGCCGACCAGAGUCCUCUCGGAGAUAACUACACCUACUGCCGCUCCUGCAAACGCAGCCUGAAGACAUUAGCGAGAGGCCCUGUUGAACUCCGGCGACAUGCGGACACUAACAAACACAAGAAAAGGACUCUAAUCUACCAGAGGACCGCGAGGCAGAGCCAGCUGUCCGAAACGCUGCCGUGUAGCGACGCCGCCAUUAGCUUCAUCAACAAGCACUGCUACACCGGCCCUGCUAAAUCUGAACACAAGGCUCGACUCUUUGCUCGCUGUCGUUUGGGGUCUCAGUAUCCCAAAGAUAUCACCUCCGCCUGCCAGCACACGCCUUACUGCCUGUACAUCUUCGGAGGGGAACCGCUGGGAAAAGACGACACCGUGUCCGUGGUCCUCGUUGGGUUUUUUGACGUCGACGCCUCCGGGCACUGCUUCCAAUUUCUAGAUGCUCUUCAGUCGGAGGAUAGCGCCGGAGAGAAAAAAACAGCCGCGGCGGUGGUGGAGACGGUGAAGAAGUUCGGGUUGCACACGGAUAACCUCGUGGCUGUUUAUUCUGAUGAUGAUUCGGAGCAGAUCUGCACACAACUCAGGGAACUCAACCCCAAUAUAGUUGCUAUAGGAGGGCUGUACGCCAUCGCUGAUGCUUCCUGCCACGCUGGGAUCAAGGAGCUCUCCAAUCAGGUCCAAGAGUUGAUGGUAGACAUGCACACCCACCACUCCUCCUGCUCUACGAAGAACGAUGACCUCGCGGCUGUUUUCGGCUCAGACAUCAGUGCAGACGAUCCGUUUGAUCUCAACUCCGGCUGCCUUAAGUUCUGCCUGUUAGUCACUAAAAUAUUGGAAGUAUGGACGGAUCUCAUCGUAUACUUUAAGUCUUGUGACGGCGAAGAUGAGAAAGUCAAGUCCGUCUGCUCCCAGCUGCAGGAUCCCAAAGUCAGAGCCACGUUUCUGUUCCUGCAGCACGCUUUAAAACCUCUGCACAGUUUCCAGAGUCGCCUGCAGACGGAGGAGGAAGUGGACCGAGCCGACAUGCCGCUCAUCCUGCAGGAGGCCAGUAAACUGCUGAGCACCUACACCUCAUACUUCCUCCGUCCUGAAGCUGCUGAUCGAUUCCUCAAGGAACGAGACGCCCAAAUCCUUAAAGACAAGCGUUUCCAUCUGUCUGGUGCUGAGAUCAAUCUGGGAGGGAAAGCAGUGGAAGACUUCCUGAAGGAGUCUGAGGCUCUGUUCGAGGAGGAGGCGCUGUCUUUCUACGCCGCACUCACAGGUUGCAUUGCAGAGAAGCUUCCUCUCGGUGAGGAGACUCUCCGGAGCAUCUCUCAGCUGCUGAACCCUCGGAGCAGACGGGAAGUGACGGGGAAAUCAGUCGGGGAACUCGGGACUUCGCUGGGAAUCUGCAGCUCCGAGGAGGAGGUGGAGAAACUCAUCGCUGAAUUCCUGGAGUACCAGAAGGCUGAGGAGGGGGAGAACUCUGCAGAGGUUCCUCUGGAGGAGCACUGGGCCAGCGUACUGAAAGACACCAAGCCCGGAUCAGGGUUCAGGAAGCUGGUUCUGACCCUGCUGUCUCUGCCCUGUCCGCCCCUGGAGGCUCAGCAGGUUUUUACCCAGGCUCUGGGAACUGAAGAGGCCACGCUGUUCUCUGAGAGUGAAGCUUUGACAGAAAGUGAUUCUGAGCUCACGUCCGACGGAUUUCUCUCUGAUAACAACCGCUGCAAGGACCCCCAAAUCCACUCUGAAGCAAUGAAUGGCCUCAAAGUAAAGCAUUGUGAAGUCCGCCUCACAAAGAUAAACGACGAUGAGAAUGGAGACGAUUGCAAAGAGAUGACCACUAGGGGAAGUUAUGGCUGGGAGAGCAGCUUGCGGCAGAAACCUCAGGCCCGCGCAGUGUUUCAGGCGGGUGUUAGCACCUGGUCCGCCCCCCAACCUGUUGAUCAGGACAGCAGAAAGGGUCUGGAGUCCCAGGAAGAGGGGUCUCAGGCAGAAGAAACAUCUCCGGUCAGUAAACCCACUCCAAGAAAUCGCCGGAAACACGUCUACACGGAUGGGAAGGGGUUCCUGCGCGGAGAGUUGAUCUGGGGGAAAGUGAAGGGUUUCUCCUGGUGGCCCGGGAUGGUGAUCCCCUGGAAAAGUAAAUCCUCUCCUCCCGGGAUGAGGAGGGUCGAGUGGUUCGGAGACGGGAUGUUCUCAGAGAGCUACACGGAGGGUCUCAUGGUCUUCAGUGCCUUCAAUAAGUGCUUCUGCAAAAACUCCUACGCCAGCCUGCCCGUCUACAAGGAAGCCAUUUACCAGAUCAUCGAGCUGGCUGGUGAGCGCUGUGGGAAGUCUUUCUCUGGAAAAGGAGGAACUAAGGAGAAGGAGCUGAAGCUGAUGCUGGACUGGGCCUCUGAGGGUUUCCUGCCCUCCGGCCCUGAGGGACUCCUGCCUCCUGAUGCCGCCGCUCUUCAGGAAACUUCUGACUCGGCCCUGUCCGACUACCAGCCUCCGCCAAAAAGGAAAUAUGUUUUUAAAAACAAGGCAAUCACACCCGCCAUCAUCUAUAACCGAGAAUUGAUAAGAGAAAAGGUCAAAGAGGCGGGCAAAACAAUUGAAGAUUUCUGUUUGUCUUGUGGAUCCACUGAGCUUCAGGUGCAGCACCCGUUGUUCGAAGGUGGUCUUUGUCUCAGAUGCAAGGAGAACUUCACAGAGACGCUGUUCCGUUACGAUGAAGACGGAUACCAGUCGUACUGCACCGUGUGCUGCGCCGGACAGGAAGUCAUUCUGUGUGGAAACGCCAGCUGCUGCAGGUGUUUCUGUAAGGGCUGUCUGGAGAUCCUGGUGGGUCUGGGGACCUUCGACAUUCUGAAGGAUAUGGAUCCGUGGAGCUGCUUCAUGUGUAAACCCUCUCUGUGUGCCGGGAACCUCAAACUGAGGCCGGACUGGAGCGUCAAGGUCCAGGACUUCUUCGCCAACAACAGCGCCAUGGCCUUCGAGCCUCACAGAGUUUACCCCUCCAUCCCCGCUGAUCAGCGCCGACCAAUCAGAGUGCUCUCGCUUUUUGACGGCAUCGCAACAGGCUACCUGGUGCUCAAAGACCUGGGCUUUAAGAUCGAUCGCUACAUCGCCUCAGAGAUCUGUGAGGACUCCAUCGCUGUGGGGCUGAUAAAGCACGAGGGAAAGAUCGAAUACGUCAACGAUGUUCGAACCAUCACCAGGAAACACCUGGCUGAGUGGGGUCCGUUUGACCUUCUGAUCGGAGGCAGUCCAUGCAACGACCUCUCCAUGGUCAACCCGCUGAGAAAAGGAUUAUUUGAGGGAACUGGACGUCUGUUCUUUGAGUUUUACCGCCUGCUGACGCUCAUGAAGCCGAAGGACGGCGACGACCGCCCGUUCUUCUGGCUGUUUGAGAACGUGGUGUUCAUGAGUGGCCACGAUAAAUCCGACAUCUGCAGAUUCCUGGAGUGUAAUCCGAUCCUCAUCGAUGCAGUGAAGGUCAGUCCUGCUCACAGAGCGCGAUACUUCUGGGGAAACCUCCCCGGCAUGAACAGACCUCUGGCUUCGGCUCUGGAUGAUAAAGUCGGCCUGCAGGACUGUUUGGAACGCGGACGCAUGGCAAUGUUUGAAAAGGUCCGCACCAUCACAACAAAGUCCAACUCGAUCCGGCAGGGGAAGAUGGGCCCGCUGCCCGUCACCAUGAACGGAAAAGAGGAUUACCUGUGGUGCACGGAGAUGGAACAGAUCUUCGGCUUCCCCAAACACUACACCGAUGUGAACAACAUGGGUCGAGCUCAGAGGCAGCGAGUGCUCGGGAGAUCCUGGAGCGUCCCGGUGAUCCGACACCUGUUCGCCCCGCUGAAGGACUACUUUGAAUGUGAACAACAACUGUGAACAACAACUGUAAACAACAACAACUGUGAACAACAACAACUGUGAACAGCUGAUCCUGCCUUACAAACACCACAGUAUUUAAUCUGUCCUGAUUCACUGUUUGACUUUUAGACGUGUUUUUAUCAUCGUUUUUAUCCGCUCUCACCAGCAGGCACCGACAUUUCCGGUUUUACUUACCUCCUCUCGGUGCGUUGAUCAAACUAUAAUCUACUCCUGAACCACAAGGCGAGAUUAACGAGGGGUUAACUAUCUUUCUUUUGGGCUAAUCUCAGGUUAUCUGUUGUCACAAAGAUGGUUAAAAAAAACUUUUCCUGACCGAUCAGCUCAGGUGUAAAAAGUCACAAUUCCUACAGGAAUCACUCGGUUUUUAACGAAGCAGUUAAGAAAUGUUUUUGCCUACCAUUAUAAUAAAUAAUCAGGUUAAUUGAGGCAGAGCUUUACUUCUAUCCAUUAUUGUUGGAUCAUCAUUAGAAAAAAGCCUUAGUAAUACUUAUGCGUCUUGGCCAUGUGUCGCACUGGAACACACCGCAAAGA